AUGCUAUCUUCUCAAAUUCUAAGAUCCUCAACUCUGUCUAUCAACCGCGCUGUCGCCGCAACUCUUCCCAAGUCUGCCAAUAGAAUCAUCCUGAGGGCUUCGCACAAAAGAAUAGGCCAAUCUUGGGCCAUCACUGAAGCCAAAAGGCUUGCGCCUACAGUGGGGAUCUGGUCAGCCUUUAUGGUGACCAUGUUUGGGUGGCCCUUUGCAAUUAAAGCUUUUCAGACGCGCAAUAACCUGGAGUAA